AUGAGGGCGGAUCUCAGCACCAUCCAGCAGACGCUCACGCCGGAGGCGGCGGCGGCGCUGUCGCGGGCCAUCGAUGAGGCUGCGCGGAGGAGGCAUGGCCGGACCACGCCGCUCCACGUCGCCGCCGCGCUGCUCGCCGCGCCGGCCGGGCUGCUGCGCCAGGCGUGCGCUCGCGCGGCCGCCGCCGGUGCCGGACCUGGCGCCGCUGGUGGCGCCGGCGGUGCGCACCCGCUACAGUGCCGCGCCCUGGAGCUCUGCUUCUCCGUCGCCCUCGACAGGCUGCAGGCCGCGGCCUCGGCGGCGGCGGCGCAUGCGGCGGGGCCGCCGGUGUCCAACGCCCUCGUCACGGCGCUCAAGCGCGCGCAGGCGCAGCAGCGUCGGGGGUGCCCCGAGGCCGCGCAGCAGCCUCUGCUCGCCGUCAAGGUCGAGCUCGAGCAGCUCGUCCUCUCCAUCCUCGACGACCCGUCCGUCAGCCGCGUCAUGCGCGAGGCCUCCUUCUCCUCCGCAGCCGUCAAGACCACCAUCGAGCAGUCGCUCGCGUCGCCCUCGCCGCCGCCCUCCGCCGCCGUCUCCACCCCGACGGUCGCCGCGACUACACCCCUGGCCCCCUCCCCCUCUCCGCUCCGGCGUGUCGGCCCAGCCAACGCCUACAUCAACCCUCGCCUUGCGGCCGUCGCAGGCGGCGGCGGGGACAACGCUUACAUCAACCCUCGCCUUGCGGCAGUCGCAGGCGGCGGCGGGGACAACGCUUACAUCAACCCUCGCCUUGCGGCCGUCGCAGGCGGCGGCGGGGACAACGCCUACAUCAACCCUCGCCUUGCGGCCGUCGCAGGCGGCGGCGGGGACAACGCCUACAUCAACCCUCGCCUUGCGGCCGUCGCAGGCGGCGGCGGGGACGACGCGCGCAAGGUGCUCGACGUCAUGCUCAAGCCGGCGCGCCGCAACCCGGUGCUCGUGGGCGACGCCGGGCCGGACGCGGUGCUCAAGGAGGCGGUACGCAGGAUCCCGACGGCUGGCUCCCCUGCUCUUGCCGGAGCGAAGGUCUUGCCGCUCGAGGCGGACCUCGCCAAGCUCGCCGGCGACAAGGCCGCCAUGGCGGCGAGGAUUGGGGACCUGGGCGCGGUGGUCCAGAGGCUCCUCGCGGACCACGGCGCCGUGGUUCUUGAUCUUGGAGAUCUCAAGUGGCUGGUGGACGGGCCGGCGGCAGCAGCAUCAGAGGGGGGCAAGGCGGUCGUGUCGGAGAUGGCGCGGCUACUGAGGCGGUUCGGAAGCCGCAAGGUCUGGGCCGUCGGUACAGCCGCCUGCGCCACCUACCUCCGAUGCAAGGUCUACCACCCAACCAUGGAGGCCGAGUGGGACCUCCAGGCCGUGCCUAUCGCCCGCAGCGCGCCGCUCGCCGGCGCAGCUCUCAGGCCUGGAGGCACUGGAAUUCUGGGCAACUCAAUGGGGAUGUUAUCACCUACGCUCCGGCCUAUGCCGCUGACACCAACAGCACUCCGAUGGCCACCAGGGGCGGGGAGUGACCAUCCUCUGAUGGCUAAGCCGGCCAUGUGCCUGAGUUGCAAGGGUAGCUAUGAUCGUGAGCUUGCCAAGCUCGUGGCGGAGCAGAAGGAAAAGCCAGUGUCACGCUCUGAGGCUGCUAAGCCUGGUUUGCCACACUGGAUGCAGCCCAGCAGUGAUCAACCACAGACCAAGGAACAAGAGUUGAAACGGAAGGAGGCUGCCGAAGAGCUUGAGAAGAAAUGGCGUGAGACUUGCGCCCGUACCCACGGUAACCGUGCUGGGGCGCCAGCUCUCUCCUUGCCGUUGGCUGCCUUAGCUCCACGCCCGCCCGUCGAGCCCAAGCUACAACUUGCCAGGGGUGGUGUUCCCACCCUUAAGAUGAACACCAACUGGGAGAAGCCUGAGGGUACCCCUACGUCUGAGCUUCGUAGGAGUCCGCCAGGCAGCCCAGUGAAGACUGACCUUGCCCUUGGUCCCUUGGAUCCUGGUGCUACUGUGGAGAAAGACCAGAAGGAAAAUUACACAGAAUGGCUAACUGCUAUGCAAAAGGCUAAGAUAGCUGGAAUCUCUGAUAUCGAGUCUUUCAAAAGGCUCCUCAAGGUGCUCACAGAGAAGGUCAGCUGGCAAUCUGAUGCUGCCUCAGCAAUUGCUGCUGUUGUAAUACAAUGCAGAACUGGCAGUGGGAAGCGGCGAAACAUUGGGACAAGAGGCGACAUAUGGCUCCUGUUUGUUGGUCCUGACCAGGCAGGCAAGAGGAAGAUGGUGAAUGCAUUGUCUGAGCAGAUGGUAAAUGCUCAACCAGUGGUUAUAAACUUUGGUGGUGACUCUCGUUUAGGCAAGGAUGGUAAUGCGGGUUUCUGGGGGAAAACCUCACUUGACCGGGUCACUGAGGCAGUUCGGCAAAAUCCAUGUUCAGUUAUCGUUCUUGAGGGCAUUGAUCAAGUGGACGCUGUUGUGCGGGGAAAGAUCAAGCGUGCAAUGGAGACCGGCCGCCUGCCAGACUCCCGGGGCCGUGAGGUCAGCCUUGGUAAUGUCAUCUUUGUUCUCACCACAAAUUGGUUACCUGAGGAACUCAAGAGACCAAAGUUUGAAACAUUGCUCCAAGAUGAAGGAAGGAUGUUUGAGGUAGCAAGCUCUAAUUGGCAGCUAGAGCUUUCUAUUGGGGACAAGCAGGUUAAGCACCGAGCGGAUUGGCUAUGUGAUGAUGCUCGUCCAGCAAAGGUAGCCAAAGAAUUGUCCGGUGGGCAUGGUCUAUCGCUUGACCUCAAUUUAGCUGUUGGGGCAUUGGAUGACACUGAGGGCUCACGGAAUUCCAGUGAUCUCUCUGUGGAACAAGAUCAGGAGAAAGGGCACCUUGCAGUCAAGUGUUCAACACCAGCCCCUGACUGUGAUCUGUUGAAUCUCGUUGACGAUGCCAUUGUGUUUCGGCCAGUUGACUUUGCACCAUUUAGGAAGACUGUCACAGAUUGCAUAUCGGCAAAAUUCGACUCAGUCAUCAGGAGCAGCAACUCAUUCAGAAUCGAUGAAGACGCUGUUGAUCGGAUGGCUGGCAGCAUCUGGCUCACUGACGAGAAGCUUGAAGACUGGGCCGAGAAAGUGCUUAUGCCCAGCAUCGAACGAUUGUGGCGCAAUGUGAAGCAUUACAACAGCCGUGCUGUUGUCCGUCUUGCAGCAGUCACAGACAAGGCAUUGCCAAGGUGGGGAGGUGGGCGAGAAGGGCUACCAACGACGGUACCGAUCGCCAUUGAUGGCAUGUAG